AUGCCCAGCGUUUUCGCGUUGGCGGCCACCGUUUUUGCCUUUGGCGCCACCACUCCACCGCUGUCACAGCCUACGCAGCCGUCGUCGUCGGUUGAAUCAACGCCGCUGCGUGAGAAGCUGCGCGACAAGUACCGAGGCCGCCCUGACGCUCAAGGUGUCACGUGCACGAUGCUCAUCCAAAUGAGCGUCGUUCAAGGCGAGUUCUGGCUUCAAAAAGCUGAAGUUUUCAACAAUAUUACCGGAGCCACUGUGCUCAUCGAAUACGACAAGAGCAGAGACAUCCGAAUGACUUCACUGUCCGAUGCGACAGGACCGGGCUUCUACUGCAGCUACAUGCAACAAGCGAACAACCUGCCUGACAUGGCCAAGCACGAUGCCGUGCUAGACCUCACCGCACGAGUGCAAAAGCACAAAGACCUCGACUGGUUUGACAUAUUUCCAGGCGUCCGCGAGGUCGUCUCGUACCGGCUGGCGGGCCACGAACACAACUCAGUGUUUGGCAUACCCCUCGACGGCGACGUGAUCAUGAUGGCUUACCGCGCCGAUCUCCUUGAGACGGCUGGCUUUGCCAUACCACGCACCUGGGAGGAGUUCGCCACGAUCUCUGAUUAUUUCGCUGAGCGCGACAUCAACUUUGACGGGCAGCCCGACUUCGGCGCGUGCUUCCGAACCUCGAUGCGGGAUGCGCACACACCGUUCUGGGCCAUCGUGGCGCCAUAUCUACAGACGGAGGGCCGCUCGCAGGGCAUAUUCUUCGACAUGGAAUCCUUGAUGCCCAAGUCCAGCAAACCGACUGGGCAAAGCCGCAAUUUGAUGGCCGAGGGUCGCUGUGCGCUCAUGCUUGACUUCCCGAAGAGUAUUACGACGGCCAUCUAUUCGGGCAUCUCCGCCCUGGUCAUUAGCAACCAGACAGAGCGCGGCGAUCCGAACGGGAGGCUGCAAGUGCACCGGCUGCCAGGCGUUGCAUGCACAGAGAUACAGCACAUGCAGAGCCUUGGCUUUUCUCGCACUGGAGCCGUCUCAGCCGACUUGUGCGCAGACCAAACCACCCCCCUCAUCACCAGCUGUCCAUUCGCAGUGAAUGGCGUCAAUUAUGCGCCACUGUACGCUGGUGGCGGCCUCGCGGCCUCGGUACGCAAAAGCGCAAUUGCGAUCCAUCAGGACAUCGCCUUUGACUUUUGGAUGUUCGUGGCAGAUCCUGCAAUUUCGUAUCUCGACGUAGCUCGGCUGGAUGGCGGUCUCGACCCUUACCGCAACCGUCACGUCGAACCGCUCAACAAUUUGUCGUCAGUUGAGGCGCAGGCAUACAUCAAGAGUUCGUGGUCGCCCAAGCAGAUCAGGUCAUUGCGCGCCGAGACCAAGUUUGUGUUUGAGACCGAGAACGGCGUGCGCGACCUCUCAAUUCAGGGUUACUACCCGUAUGUGCACGACGCCACAUUACCCACGCUGUUUGAAUACUUGCAGGAUCAGAAGGAUGAAGCGACGACUCAGCUCGAGAUCACCCGCAAGUGGAAAGAGGUCACCAGGCGGUUCACACUGCAGGGGCAGCGCAAUGAGUACCGCCGCACGCUCGGACUUGGCCCCUACGACGAGCCCUCCGGCGACUCGCUCACGUUGCUCAUCUACAUUCCACCCUUCGUUCUCGGGUUCGGUUUGCUUGGCCUCUUGGUCUACGCUGGCCGCCGCGUGUACCACCGACUCAAGCAGCAGGCCGCGCUGGCGAAGGAGCAGGUUCGGCUCAAGCACAAGCGCGUUCGCGACGCGUCCAACCUUAUCACCUCAGUGCCGUUCCCAAUGGUCUUCAUCAAGCUCUCCGACUUCAAGAGCCUCCGCCGCCUCGUGCCUUUUGAAGUGGCGCGGCAAAAGGGCUUGCAGUUCUAUAUGGACGAUUUUGACGCUAUCACGCAUUUCUGUCGCAAGCACCCCACCUGCUUCAUCUCCCACCAAUGGCUCGGGUUCAGCGAGCCCGACUCCGACAACCAGCACUUCCCGGCAAUUUGCACCGCGGCGGAGCAGCUUUGCGAGAAUGCAGGCGUCGUUCCGGACGAGCUGUACCUCUGGCUUGACUACUCUUGCAUCGCGCAGCAGAAUGAGACCCUGAAGUCGCUGUGCAUCUCUGCGAUUGGGAUGUAUGCUUGCGUCGUGCGCUAUUUCAUCGUCGUCGCUCCGCCCGCCAGGCACAGAGAGCUCGGCACCAUUUGUAAUGCUGAAACGUACAGCAAGCGCGGCUGGUGUCGCCUCGAGCAGUGGGCACGCAUGACGGCGGGCGGCCUGGCGGACAUGCAUGUCUUCACGGGCGACAGCUUGGAAUCGGCCUGCCUCACUCCGAUGUGUGAACUCAAGGAGCAGAGCGCGCGACUAUCGAGGGCGGAUUUGACCGGCGCCAGCGCAACUGAGGCGAUCAACGACUGGGUCACCGAGUCGAUCUGCGUCUUCGAGGGAGAGUUCUCGAAUGUGGAGGACAAGGUCAAGCUUGUCGACAUCGUCCUGGGCCUCUGGUUCAUCGCUCUGCAGAGUGACACGCGUGGUGCACGCGCAGAGGAGGCCCGCGAGAGGAGGGUCAUCCUCGACGCCAUCGAGGCGAACAAGGCGAGGGUCUUCCCGGCCGAGAUCUUUGGCGACCUCGUGGAGGUGCUCGAGCAGCACGCAAUGCAUUGCGGCAGGGAGCUAAAAGUGCACAUGGAGUAUACCUAA